UAAAAACAAAAAACAAAACCCAUCCUUUAGUCAAAAUAUAAUGGUCAUUAUUUGUUGUUUGUUUGUCUGUUCAUGAACACAAAAAGAAAGAAAGAAACAACGACAACAACAACAACAACAACAACAACAACAACAACAACAACAACAACAACAACAACAACAACAACAACAACAAAAAACUAAAGCAGGAUAUGACAAGGAUAACGGCACAAAACUUGCGUUCAAAAAAAUAAAAAAAAAAACAAAGAGCCUCAAGAAAGAGAGAGAGAGAGCUGCUGCAAGUGGAAAAAGGAACAAUGGGCUCUCCCUUCAUCCUUAUUGUGGUUUGCUUACAUGGUCUGCCAAAGGAAUGGCAACAACUACUACAAGAAUCUGGAAUUUCAAAGCAGGAUCAAGCGGCAAAUCCUCAGGCAGUGAUCGACAUCAUCGGAUUCUACACUGAUAGCCAGGAAGGGAAACAGAAUGAUGCAGUCUGGAAGAAAUUUGGACACAGCGCUGAACCAAAGACAGCAAAAUCUUCUACCUCAUCUUCCAGUGCAUCGAAACAGCCGCUCAGGGAUGACCGUGUUGUUCGUGAGAAGCCUACUUCACCUCCCUCACCCCCUAGCCGUCCAAUUCAUGAACCCCCUAGAGCACCUCCUACGCCUAAAAAACAAGCUGUUUCACGACCAACUGAUUCGACCCCUGAGCGGACAGAGGCUUUGGAAAGUAUUGAUACGGAUUCAAAUCCAGUCUCGCCUCCCGCAGCCACCCCUGUCCCAUCCUCUCAGGCACCAAGAUCACCACCACCAAAGCCUAAAAAGACGCCACAUCAUCCGGGUUCAGCCAGUGCUGUACCCUCAUCAAAGACCGGCACCUCAUCACCUUCAGGGGCUCACCAUCCUCAGCCUAAGCGACGUGAGAAGAAGCCAGAAAAGGACGGAGUCAGUUCACAGGAUGUGAUUCGUCGUCUGCAGGCAAUUUGCACAGAUGCAGAUCCUACAAAGUUAUACAGGAACCUUGUCAAGAUUGGACAGGGUGCAUCAGGAGGUGUUUACACGGCCUAUCAGGUCGGCACCAACAUGUCGGUGGCCAUCAAACAGAUGAACUUGGAGCAGCAACCCAAGAAGGAUUUGAUUAUCAAUGAGAUCCUAGUCAUGAAGGAGUCUAGCCACAAGAACAUUGUCAAUUACAUUGACUCGUUCUUGUAUCGUGGUGAUCUCUGGGUCGUCAUGGAGUAUAUGGAGGGUGGAAGUCUGACAGAAGUCGUUACAACCAACGAGAUGGCUGAUCCUCAAAUUGGAGCUGUCUGCCGAGAAACCCUGUUAGGACUCGAGCACUUGCACUCUAAGGGAGUUAUUCACAGAGAUAUCAAGUCGGACAAUGUUUUGUUGUCGUUGAAUGGAGACAUCAAGCUGACCGAUUUUGGAUUCUGUGCGCAGUUGAAAGAAGGUACUGGAAAGAGAACAACGAUGGUUGGAACUCCCUAUUGGAUGGCGCCCGAGGUUGUGACAAGGAAAGAAUAUGGUCCCAAGGUUGACAUUUGGUCUUUGGGUAUCAUGGCGAUUGAGAUGCUUGAGGGCGAACCACCAUACUUGAACGAGAACCCACUCAGAGCUCUCUAUCUGAUUGCAACGAAUGGAACACCAACAUUGCAACACCCAGAGAAACUGUCGACUGAUUUCAGAGAGUUUUUGGGCAAAUGUCUUGAGGUGGAUCCAGAAAAACGACCCACAGCAAGUGAAUUGUUGAAGCAUCCUUUCCUAACAAGGGCGCAUUCUGUCAGGACAUUGGCUCCUUUGAUUAAAGCUGCCAAAGAAAGCCAACGACAUUAAAAAUAUAUAUAUGUAUAUUUUUCUUUCUUUCUUUCUUUUUUUUUUUUUUUUUUUUGCGAUCGCGUGAAGAAGGAAGGCAAGUCAAGAAACAGGAAGACGAAGAAGAAGAAGAAGAGAGAGAUGAACUUUUUGGGCAACAAUGUCUUCUUGAUAGAGACAUUUCGAUCUAUUGUUGAGGACAGCCACAUGUGUUUUUAGAAACCAUUUAUUAUUAUAGAGAGAAGUUUUUUACGAUGGAAAAAAAAAAAAAAAAAAAACCAUUGAGAACUCUUCUCUUCUCCCC